AUGAAACAGCAGCGGAAGGCAGCAGCAGCAGCAGCACGUCCUGCUGCUGCUGCUGCUGCUGCUGCGAUGGGUACGAGAGUGCAUGCAUUUCUCGUUCUGCUGCUGCUGUUGGGGACCUGCUGCUGCUGCACAACAACUCGGCCGCUGCAGCAGCAGCAAGUGUCUUCUACACAGGCAGCAACCCUAACAGCAGCAGCAGCAGCAGCAACAGCAGGAGCAGCAACACCAACAUCAGCUGCUUUCCUCCUCCGACAGCCAGGAAGACCUUUCCUGCUGCUCAACAGUUGCAAUCCCCCCAGCAACAGCAGCAGCAGCAACAGCAGCAGCAGCAGCAGCACUUUAAAGUGUUCCCCGUUGAUAGUGAGGCCGUCUGGGGUUGCUGCUUUAAAAUCAUUAUCAUCAUCAGCAGCAAAGGACGCAGCUACGCCUUGCUGCAGUGUAGAAACAGCAGCAGCAGCAGCAGCAGCAGCAGCAGCAGGAAGGGUGGUUCCUGCUGCUGCGCUACAUCAUGCUGCAGCAUGGGCGACACAGGCACCCGUACCUAUUUCUGCAGCAGCAGCAGCAACAGCAGCAGCAGCAGAUCCUUCAGUCUGUGCUCUCUUCCCACUCGAGCAAGCCCCGUUGUUGCAGGCGCAUCAGCAGCAGCAGCAGCAACAGCAGCAACAGCAGCAGCAGCAGCAGCUGAAGCAGCAGCAAACGUCUCGCUGGGUUGCUGCUGCUCGGCGUGUAGGGGCAGGCGUCUCCACCUUUGGCUGUCAAUUUGUCUCUCGGCUGAAGCAGCAAUUAUCUUUUAGUGUGUCUUUGCUGCUGCUGCGCUCGGCUAAGGGCCUCAUUCUUCACGCUGCUGCAGGGGCCCCACACCUGCUGCAGUGUGCAGCAGCUAACCCAGCAGCAGCAGCAGCAACAGCAGCAGCUGCUGCUACUGCUGCCGCAGUCGCUGCUGCUGCCCUCAUCAAAAGGAGACGCCAAACACAAACUCAAAAGGCAGCGGAAGCUGCAGCUGCAGCAGCAGCAGCAACUGCAGCAGCAGCAGCAGCAGCAGCAACUGCAGCAGACGCUGAGGAUUUCAAAGGGCCUCUAGGAAAGAGGCCCCCGUUUGCUGCGCUGCUGCCAGCCACGGGGGGCCCCCCUGCAGCAGCAUUGUUUUCGUGGGGGGCCCCUAAGGACCCCCGGAACCCAGAAGCAAGAAAAAUAAAAGGUGCUGCGCUGCAGCUGCAGGCAGAGAAGAGACUAGGGUUGCAACUGGCAGCAGCAGCAGCUGCUGCUGUUGCUGCUUGGAGACUCCUCGCGUUCUUCCGGUACGUACACAAGCAACAGCAGCAGCAACAGCAGUAG